AUGAGAAGAAGAUUAAUCACUAGUUUAGUUAAAAAAGGUAACUUCCAAUCCAAAAGAUCGUUACAUUUGACAAAUAAUAAUCUCUAUAUUUCAAGUUCUAUUUUAAAAAAGCAUCCUAAUACUGGUAAUAUUCCCGGUAUUCAAUCAAUUGAAAAUGCUUACAAAAGAUCAUAUCAUACAUAUCUUUAUAUGUCAUUAACUGGUAUUUCAUUCUAUUCUUUAGCAAUCAUAAUCCUUAAUAACAGCAUCCAUGACAGACACAUAGAUAAUGACUCCAAAAUGGAAUUGGAUCCAGUCAAAUCCAAAACUCCGAUAACGCCCAAUGAGUUAAUGAAACACAAUACACCUGAAGAUUGUUGGGUAGUCAUCAAUAAUCAAGUUUAUGAUUUAACUACUUUCAUCCAAGUUCACCCUGGUGGUCCAAAUAUAAUCAGAUCUAAUGCCGGUAAAGAUGUCACAGCCAUAUUUAACCCACUCCAUCCGCCAAACACAAUUGAAACGAUGUUACCCAAACAAUGUUACGUAGGACCUCUUGAGGGAGGAUUACCCAAAGAAUUAAUUUGUAAUCCAUACACCCCCGGCGAGUCCAUGGAGGACAUUAGGAGGAAAAUUAUUUUGAAAAAUCAUUUACCACCUUUAGAAUCUAUAAUUAACUUGUACGAUUUUGAAAAAUUAGCUUCGAAGAUUUUAUCUAAUCAAGCAUGGGCAUAUUAUUCAAGUGGUGCUAAUGAUGAAAUAUCAUAUAGAGAGAAUCAUUCUGCUUAUACUAGGAUUUUCUUCAAACCGAAAGUACUAGUGGAUGUUUCAAAAGUGGAUUUAUCCACUGAGAUGCUAGGUUCCAAAAUUGAGGUUCCUUUUUAUGCUACAGCUACUGCGUUAUGUAAAUUAGGGAAUCCAGAAGGUGGUGAGAUGGAUAUCGCAAGAGGAUGUGGACAAGGUCUCAUUAAAGUGCCUCAAAUGAUUUCCACUUUGGCUUCAUGUUCUGUAGAGGAAAUUGUCGGGGCUGCUCCUUCGAAGGAUCAAAUUCAAUGGUAUCAAGUAUAUAUUAAUUCUGAUAGGAAUGUUACUAGACAUAUGAUUAAGAAAGUGGAAGAUCUGGGUGUGAAGGCAUUGUUUGUUACAGUGGAUGCACCAUUUAUGGGAGCAAGAGAAAAAGAUUUAAAAAUCAAAUUUUCUAAUUCAAGUCAGGGACCUAAAGUAAUGACUUCAAAGGCUAAGGAUGAUAUUAAUAAAAGUAUUGUUAAUAAAAAGGAGGAAGCUGCUGGCGAUGUUACAGAAGGUGCAUCCAGGACUCUAUCUAAAUUUAUUGAUCCAUCAUUGACUUGGAAAGAUAUUAUUGAAUUGAAGAAAUGGACGAAAUUACCAAUUGUUAUUAAAGGUGUCCAAAGAGUCGAAGACGUUGUUAAAGCAGCUGAAAUUGGAGUCGAUGGUGUUGUGUUAUCAAACCAUGGUGGAAGGCAAUUAGAUUUUUCAAGACCGCCUGUUGAAUUAUUAGCUGAAAGUGUACCAAUAUUGAAAGAAAAGAAAUUAGAUGACAAAUUAGAAUUAUAUGUUGACGGUGGUAUUCGUCGUGGUACAGAUGUUUUGAAAGCCCUAUGUCUGGGAGCUAAGGGAGUCGGGCUAGGUAGACCAUUCUUAUAUGCUAAUUCAUGUUACGGUAAAGACGGUGUUCAAAAAGCUAUAGAUAUAUUGAAAGAUGAAAUUGAAAUGUCUAUGAGAUUAUUAGGAGUUACAAGUAUUAAAGAAUUAAAUGAAGAUUUGUUAGAAAUCUCUAAUUUGAAAUCAAGAUCUGUUAAUGUUUCCAAAGAUGUAUUAUUUGAAGACUUAUAUCAAAACCCAACCUAUGCAGACUUUUCUAGUGUGGAACCUGCAGAAUAA